CCGCUUGCUACAGGGUGGGACAGACUGACAGGUUUAAACGGUUGUGGCACUGUACAGUCAAACGCAUUUGCUUAUUCCACUAAAACACAGCAGAUAUGGUUUCCAGGGUCUUGUCCACUCUUGUGUGUGUUCUGUGUGUGAUCCUGCUCCCGGCUGCAUGGGCUGAUACCUGCAGCGCCUACAUGGACAGAGAUGGUUACAAACAUAAAAAUCAGCAGUGUGGCGAGUACUUCUGCUGUGGAGACUGCCACACAAGAUCCUGCUGCAAUAGCAUCAGACACCGUCUAACUCAAGAAGCGCAACAACGCUGUGGUGCUGGAGGGAGCAGUAGUGGUAUAGCAAAAAGCAAACUUGGUACACUCCUGGGAAGCAUUUUAGGAUCCCUUUUCCCGAUUAUCAUCUGUGUGGGUCUCGUCAUCUGCUGUAUGGCUCCUUGCUGCUUGCUCUACAAGAAGUGUCGAAAAGGUCGCAGCCGAGGGUCCCAAAUUGUGACAGGCCCUACCAGUGUAAUCAGUGGGCCCCAGCAACCAUUUGCCCCCAGUUUCCCAUCCAACCCAGGAUACCAGCCUGUACCUGGCCAGCCUGGAUUUGGAGGUCUGCCCAAUCCUUCAGCGCCACCACCACACAUGGGAUCUUAUGGUCCAGCUCCCCAACCAGGUGGAUUUGGUCCAGAGGUGCCUGUGGUGAACUUCAUCGGUCCGUCUUUUGCACAGCCACCAACAUCACAUGAACAUUCACCACCGCCUUACAACCCUGCUUACCCCUCAACCGGAUAGUAUACUCGACCAAAGCACUGCAUACUUAAAACUCUGCAGCACCACCAUUCUCACAAGCACGUGUGGAUAACAGUGGAAACCCUCUUUGCAAGCUGUCAUACUGAAAUAUGUCUUGGGAAAUCUAUAUUCGCGUGCAAUUUGUCCACAAUUUAGACUACUUCAGCAUAUCAUUAUAUCUUGCUGCUGCUGCUUGUUCUGCUUUUUACGGGUAAACCUUUCAAAAAUAACGCAUCAUUAAUGGCCUUUUGUAAAUCCGUAUUCUAUUUUAAAAUAUGGCAACUUUUGUGUUGAGUGCUGAAAAAUACUGAAUUUCAGGAGAGAAAUACAAGAACCAAAACACACAUUUCAAGUCAGGAGAAAAAAUAAAAUAAAAUCUACAAUUAUAUGAUUAAAAAACAACAACUACAAAUACCCUAAGCAUGAGCACAACUGUUAAGGUGGUAUUUAUUCUCAGAGAUUCUGUUUUGUUUAACAAUUCUCAUUCAUUCACAUUUUUCUGAGCAAACAUUACUUGAAUUGUUGAUCUCAGUUUUUGUUUGUCAUGAACAACUGAAGAGUUUUAGGAUUUUCCUCCCAUAAGAGGCACCUUAAACUGUGGUGUGAUAUGACAGUGCCUGAUAAAGACCUCAGAUAGAAAGAAAUAACCCAAAUUGCAGAGAGCUUUUAUUACAAUGUGUGGCGCUUACGUUUGAUCUGUGCAUUAGUUAGUUUGAUUGAUCCAGCACCUAUUAAAGUUUUUUGGAUGGAUUACCAUA